CAGUAAUCUAGGUGGUCUCAAAAAUAAACAUGAAUUUGAAACAGUGAUAAAAAUAAACCAAUGAUAAUAACUUGAAAAAUUUUUUUAAAUAAUUAAAAUUACGCGCUUCGCAAAAAUGAUGUCCCUGUUUGACAUUGUACUCGAGUACCAACAAUAACUCCUCACAUAUUUUGCCUCACCCAUCGACGUCGCCUGUCUGUAUUACGAUAUUGAGCCAACACAAGAUUUGAAUAAACAAACCAAAUCCGCGGUGUUCAACAGAUCAACUUAUAAAAGUUUCAUGUCCGUGAAUACUCUACCAAAGGACGACGAAUUCGAUAAUUUCGCUGGUACGAUGACCGAAUCAAUUCAAUCUAAUUGUUGCAUCAAUCAUCAAGAGUGUCGUGUUUUAACUUUGGAAAAUGAUCAGCAUCAAGAAGCCACUAUCUAUAGGCUGGAGAAAGAAUGGUGUUUAGAAUUUCGUCUUGGUCCGUCAUUAUUUGGUCAUCAGGUUAGCAUAUUUACCAACGUGCCAACAAAUGGACAGCCUUUUGACAGAAAAUCGUAUAGGAAAUUGGAAUGGAGUAAUCCUGCAGCUAGCGAUGACUCUUUGGCAGCUAAAGUUUUUAUGGAUCGGGCCGGAUCUUAUCAUUAUUAUUUUCAAUUCGAUGAUAGCCCAAAAAGGCGAGGUUCUGGAUAUUUCAUCGUAGAUCCAGUUUUGCCAUAUGGAGACGAAACUCUUUCGUUAGAUUGCAUCCAAUGCGUAACUUACCUUGCGAAAAAUCUUGGUCCAUUUAGCGCCUGGGAGAAAAAAUUACUCGUUGCCAAAGAAACCGGUUACAAUAUGAUUCACUUUACUCCUAUACAAGAACUAGGAGGAUCGCAAUCAGCGUACAGUUUACAAGAUCAAUUGAAAAUUAAUUCGAAAUUUUGCGAUCAGAAAUAUCCUACGUUGGGUAUAAAUGAUAUAACUGCCUUAACCGAAAAGCUCAGGAAAGAAUGGAAAAUGUUGAGCAUUUGUGAUAUUGUCCUGAACCAUACAGCCAACGAAAGUUUGUGGUUGAAAGAGCAUCCAGAAGCUACUUAUAAUAUGAUCAACUGUCCUUACUUAAAGCCUGCUUAUCUGUUGGACAUGACGUUGUUUAAUUUUAGCAUGGAAGUAUCCAAAGGAUUAUGGGAAUUGAACGGAAUACCGGAAAUUGUAUGUAAUGAGGAACAUCUCAACGCCAUCAGAUACGCCCUGUUAGAGAAUGUUCUACCGAAAGUAAAAAUCGAAGAAUUGUACAUCGUCGACGUUGAUUCUAUAGUCGCGGAAUUUUUACAAAAAUGCCGAAGUUUACCGCCACCUUCAUCCAACCCGAAUACUACUGGUGUAUUACCCAAUUUGAAUAUAGUCCAAGAUGAAGAAUUUCGCCGAAAGCGUUCAACCGUUGAUAUGAAUUUAGCUUUACAACUUUACAACACGUUUCGAAAUGACUGUUUCGAUGAACAAACUCGUUUGCAAAAAUGUGCCUCAGAAUUCAAGUCGCAUUUGGAAGCUUUAAAUACUGAUUUAAAAAAUACCCUCAAGAAUCAUAUCACUGCCGGAAUCGAUAAUUGCAUAGCUGGUCUGCGGUAUUUCAGGGUACAGCCAGAUGGACCCGGAAUUCGUGAGAUAACCGCUGAGUCGCCUUUAUUCUCGAGGUAUUUCACCGAUUAUAACAAUGAACCUUUGGAAGAUCACAUGUAUACGGCAAAAGGAGCUUUUAUAAUGGCGCAUAAUGGUUGGCUCAUUAAUGCGGAUCCUUUGAAAAAUUUCGCCGAUCGUGAAUCGCAAGUGUACCUGUGUCGAGAAUUAAUCGCCUGGGGUGACAGUGUGAAAUUGAGGUAUGGUAACGCUCCAGAAGACUGUCCGUAUUUAUGGGAUCGUAUGCGUCAAUACGUCGAACAAACAGUACGUGCUUUUGAUGGAGUUCGUCUGGAUAAUUGUCAUUCUACUCCAAUUCACGUUGCUGAGUAUUUGCUGGAUGCUGCUCGAAAAGUUAGACCCAAUUUGUAUGUAGUUGCUGAACUUUUCACCAACUCUGAUUUCACUGAUAAUCUCUUCGUUAAUAGAUUAGGAAUCACGUCUUUAAUUAGAGAAAGUAUGUCCGCUUGGGAUUCGCACGAGCUGGGUCGUCUGGUGCACAGAUACGGUGGAGAACCAGUUGGAGCUUUCAUGAAGCCAUUUUCCAGACCAUUAACGCCCUCAGUAGCGCACGCGUUGUUUUUAGAUUUAACUCACGAUAAUCCUAGUCCUAUUGAAAAAAGAUCUGUGUUUGAUUUACUGCCCAGUUCUGCGUUAGUAUCGAUGGCUUGUUGCGCUAGCGGUAGUAAUAUGGGAUACGAUCAAUUAGUACCACAUCAUAUUCACGUAGUUGAAGAAACAAGAACGUAUAUGGAAUGGGGCAACGAUCAGGUUGUCGAAGAUACUGGAAUUGUCAGUGGUAAAAAAGCUCUCAACGAUUUACAUUACUAUCUUGGCAAAAAUGGCUUCAAACAAGUUUUUGUGGAUCAGAUCAAUUCCGAUAUUGUUUGCGUUACCAGACAUAAUCGUGUUUCUCACGAGACUGUAAUCUUGAUCGCAUAUACCGCUUUCUGGUAUCCAAACCCUUCAGCUAGCGGAGAAGGAUUCGGUGUAACUGUAACAGGACGUGUGGAAAAUGUGCUUUUAGAAGCCUACCUAGAAAAUCGAACUGGAGACAGAUACGCCAAGCAUAAUAACUUUACCAAAAAUAAAUACAUCAUUAAUGGUCUGAACGAUUAUAAAUUGAAUAUCAAGAAGAACUUCCCGGCUAAGGAUGUUUCCAUGGUCCAGUUAGUCGAUCUCUCUGAUAAUUCUAUCAGAGUCAAUUUGACCCAAAAUUUUAAACCUGGUUCUGUUGUGUCCAUCAAAUUCACUCAAAAUGCCAAAAUUCAAGAACAAUUUGCAAAAUUGAACCAAUUACCUAACUUGGAUGAAAUUAAAAAGCCUCUAACUUUAUCAGAUUUGAAUAAAAUAUUAUACUGUUGCGACUCCGAAGAUGGAGGAGUUUACAAUGUGCCUAAUUUUUCACCUUUUGUAUACUGUGGAUUACAAGGACUGCUCUCGGCAAUGGAUACCAUCGCCUUUAACAACGACCUAGGGCAUCCAAUCUGUCAGAAUUUAAGAGAAGGCGAUUGGAUGAUUGAUUACACCAUCAACAGAUUGAAAACCAAGCCAGGAACUAAAAAAUUUGCUGAAAAGUUGGAAGAAAUUUAUCAGCCUUUGAGAGCAAUACCGCGUUACCUGGUUCCUUGUUAUUUUUAUCGAUUGACUAAUUACAUUUAUAAAGAGGUCGUUGAACUGGCCUGGUCUUUGAUGGCUGACCCUGUUCAAAGAGGAUCGGAAUUUUAUAAAUUGUUAGCCUUGGGCUCGCUUCAAUUUGGAGGAUACGUCGAAUCUAGUCCUUUACCUCCGCUUUCGAGUAACCUGAACCCACCCCAGCCGGAGUUGGCAGGUGAUAAAAAAACUCCAUUGUGUGUUUCUCUAUCUGCAGGAUUGCCUCAUUUUGCCACCGGUUACAUGAGAAAUUGGGGUAGAGAUACGUUUAUCUCGUUACGAGGAUUAUUUUUGCUGACUGGUCGUUACGACGAAGCGAGAUACAUAAUUCUCGGGUAUGCUGGGUGCUUGAGACAUGGCUUGAUACCGAAUUUAUUAGACGGAGGCAAUAAUGCCAGGUUUAAUUGUCGCGAUGCUAUUUGGUGGUGGUUGUAUACCAUUAAAUGUUACGUUUCCACGGUUCCUGGAGGAGAAAAAAUUCUCACAGAUAAGGUGAAUCGGUUAUACCCCACGGAUGAUUCACCGCUCGUCUCGCAGGAUCAAACAUUAAGUGAUGUGAUACAAGAGGCAAUGAAUAAACAUUUCCAAGGACUUUGUUUCCGCGAAAGAAACGCCGGACCUGCUAUUGAUGCUCAUAUGAAGAGUACCGGUUUCGAUAAUCAAAUUGGAGUUCAUCCAGUAACUGGAUUUGUAUUUGGUGGCAACGAAUGGAACUGUGGAACAUGGAUGGAUAAAAUGGGAUCAAGUGAUAAAGCUGGAAACAGAGGCCAACCUGCUACGCCUCGUGAUGGCUCAGCUAUCGAAAUCGUCGCAUUGUCCAAAGCUUCUGUGCAUUGGCUCGCUGAAAUGAACAAAAAAGGAUUUUACCCUUACGAUGGAGUUACACGUAAAGGAAACAAUGGUUCAGAGGUUCGUUGGACUUACGUUGAAUGGGAUGAAAAACUUCAGGCUAAUUUUGAAAAAUAUUUCUGGGUUCCGACCACUCCAAAUCCUAACGAAGCUAGACCAGAUUUAGUGCAUCGUAAAGGAAUAUAUAAAGAUUGCGUUGGAGCUUCGCAGCCGUGGACUGAUUAUCAAUUAAGAUGUAAUUAUUGCGUCGCCAUGGUCGUGGCGCCCGAAUUAUUCACGCCUAAAAACGCUUGGAUAGCUUUGGAAACCAUGAAAACCGUACUCUUGGGACCGUUAGGAAUGAAAACAUUGGAUCCUGCUGAUUGGGCUUAUAAUGGUUAUUACGAUAACAGCAACGAUUCAGCUGAUCACAAUGUAGCUCAUGGAUUCAAUUAUCAUCAAGGUCCUGAAUGGUUAUGGCCGGUUGGUUUCUACUUAAGAGCUCGAGUUCAUUUCGCUUCGGUUUUAGGAAAUAAUAAUUUAAUAAAAGAAGUGCUAUCCGAAUGUAAAUCGUAUUUGGCAAAUCAUUACAUACAUUUGAAAAAAUCCGAUUGGAAAGGAUUACCGGAAUUAACGAACAAAGAUGCUGUAUUUUGUCCAUUCUCGUGUGCUACUCAAGCUUGGAGCAUGGCUACAAUUUUAGAGGCUGUCGAUGAUAUUACGAAAAUGGAAUCAAAAUUGUCUUAAUAUUUUUGAAUAUUUGCAUCCAAUCUACUUAUUUUAUUUUUAAAACUGUUACCAUUUAAUAGUGUAAUUUUAUUUAUUUAUAUUUUUUAAAUACAUACAAAUGUGUUUAGAA